GUCCGGCGGGGGAAUGCGCCAGCCCCCCACUGGGGGCGCUAUGGGGCGCACGCGGCCAGCAGGGGGCGGGUAUGACGCGCCCGACCCCAUGGGGGACCCGUACCGAGGGGGGGGCGGCAUGGGCGGAUACGACAUGGGACGACGCCCGUGCUCCUCCGCGCCUCGUUUCACCCCUCUGCACUGCCCUCGUCGCUCUGGCAGGGAUACAGUAGCGUCCCGGCAGGAGAUGGAGAGCAUCAAGCGCGAAUCAGCCAAGCUCAAGGACGAUACUCAGCUAGCUAGCUUAAUGUGCUCGUCACUGUGUCCCAUCCCCUCUGCUCCUCUUCCCGCCUCGUCUUCGCAGCUGGAUGUACUCACAGAGGAAAACGAGUUCCUGGUGGAUAAGCUGCGCAUGGCGGAGGAGGACCUCAAGGAGAAGCAGGCGCGCGUGCAGGAGCUGGAGAAGCAGGUGGGUGGGGAGGGGAGGGGGGGGGGGGGUGGCCAAGAUGGGAGAAGGGCUCAGCCUGGAGGCCCGUCUUCUCAACAAGCGAGUCUAAAGGAGAUGAAGGACAAGAGCAAGGACGUGAAGGAGGUGGAGAUCACCACGCUCAGGAUGGAGCUGGAGAUGGAGGAGGGGGCAGCAGCGUUGGAGGAGGCAAGGCAGUCCCAGAGGGAGGAGGCGGCAGCAGCGAUGGAGGAGGCGAGGCAGGCGAGCGAGGAGGUGAGGGCGCUCAGGAGCCUCACGGCGCGCAUUCUGCUGACCCCCGAGGAGAAGGAGGAGGUGGUGCUCAAGCGCUGCUGGCUGGCUCGUUACUGGGCGCUGGCCUCCCGUCAUGGAGAAGGAGGAGGUGGUGCUGAAGCGCUGCUGGCCCGCCCGCUACUGGGCGCUAGCCUCUUCGCCACGGUAGGUGUGCAUGCUGAGAUCGCCAGCUCUCGCAGCGACCACUGGCAGAAGUACUCUCCUCUGCCCUUCGAAGUGGUCAUUGAUGCGGGCAGGAAGGCCCGGGAGGAGCCUGACGGUGGCGAGAAAGGUGAGGCCGUUUGGGGGUGGGGGAACGGAGACGGGGAGGGGUGCUUGUUGGUGUGCCUCUGCCCUUCGAAGUGGUCAUUGACGCGGGCAGGAAGGCCCGGGAGGAGCCUGACGGUGGCGAGAAAGGUGAGGCGCGGUUGUGUGAGGGGCAAGGAAGGGGAGGGGGGAAAAGAGGGAUGGCGGGUAAGUAGAAGUACUCGCAUCCGCCCUUCGAGGUGGUCUUUGAUGCGGGCAGGAAGGCCCAGGAGGAGCCCGACGGCGGGGAGAAAGGUGAGAGAGAGAGAGAGAGAGAGAGAGAGAGAGAGAGAGAGAGAGAGAGAGAGAGAGAGAGAGAGAGGAGAGAGAGAGAGAGAGAGGGGGAGGGAAGGCGAGGGAGGGGGUGCUUGUGCUUCUCAUGCCCUUCGAGAGGACAAGCCGGCGACGGUGGGCACGGAGAGCAACAUAGAGAGCAUGUUUUCAGGUGGAGAAGGCACUCAGAGACCUGGCGGCUCUCAAGAGGAGAAACCGCCGGCGGUGGGCACGGAGAGCAACAUAGAGAGCAUGUUUCAGGUGGAGAAGGCCCUCAGAGACCUGGCGGCGCUCAAGGUGGGUUGCUGGGGCAGCCAACAACUCUGUCCGCUCUCCCUUCCCCUUCCUCCCCCCGUCCUAUCCCCUCCUUCCCCCUCGCCCUCCUUCCCCCACCUCUUCCUCCCACAGAGGACAAGCCAGCGACGGUGGGGCACGGAGAGCAACAUAGAGAGCAUGUUUCAGGUGGAGAAGGCACUCAGAGAACCUGGCGGCGCUCAAGGUGGAGGAGGGGGUGCUGCUCGCCAUGGCCCAGCACCGCCGCCCCGCACUGCUCAAAGUGCACUCGGCACCCGUGGAGGAGGGUUUUCAGCUCUCAAGGUGGAGGAGGGAGUGCUGCUGCUGACUAUGGCACAGCACUGCGGCCCCGUGCUGCUCAAAGUGCACUCCUCCCAUCCCUACCUAGCAGCUCUCUCUCCUGAGCCUCACCACCUCUCCUUUAUCUUUUCAUUCACGUCUAACCUAACCACCAACUUUCUCCUCUCCCUCUUGUCCCCUCUGUCUGUGGGUGCAGCUGCUGAAGAGGGUCCAAGGAUGGUCGAGUCUAUGGAUCUGAGCGACGAGGAGGUGGAGGACGUGAGGUUCAAGCAGAACUGGCUGAUGUACUGGUGGCGGCGGGCGCAGCGACCACAAGGUGUCUCUUUCACCCUCUUACUACUUUCUUCCCUCCCCUUGCCUUCUACCCGUGCAGACCUGAGCGACGAGGAGGUGGAGGACGUGAGGUUCAAGCAGAACUGGCUGGUGUACUGGUGGCGGCGGGCACGCGACCACAAGGUGUCUCUUUCACCCUCUUACUACUUUCUUCCCUCCCCUUGCCUUCUACCCGUGCAGACCUGA